CCGGCUCCGGCUCCGCAGGGCAGCCCCGGCACCGGCUCCGCAGGGCAGCCCCGGCACCGGCUCCCGGGAGCGGCUCCCUGACUGAUCCAUCCCGGAGCGGCUCCCCGCCGGCAGGACCGUCCCGGAGCGGAUCCCCGGCCGAUCCAUCCUCAGGAGCGGCUCCCUGACCGAUCCCUCCCGGAGCACCCCCGGCCGAUCCAAUCCCUCCAUCCCGGAGCAUCCCCAGCUGAUCCGAUCCCUCCAUCCCGGAGCACCCCCGGCCGAUCCCUCCAUCCCGGAGCACCCCCGGCCGAUCCGAUCCCUCCAUCCCGGAGCAUCCCCGCCGGUCCGGUCCCCGCGCUGCCGCCAGGGCCCCGGGCUCUCGGAGCGGCGAGAGGCACCGCGCCGCCCCCGCGCUGCUGCCCAGGAAUGAAGAUACUGCAAGAUGCUCAACUCCAGCACCAGCUCCUGGGGAAACAACUGCAGCCACAGCACGGUGAUAACCACGACAGUCAUCCCGCUGCUCUACUGCCUCAUCUUCCUCGCUGGGCUCUCGCUCAACGCCCUGGCAGCCUGGGUCUUCCUCUACGUUUCCAGCACAAAGAGCUUCAUUGUCUAUCUCAAGAACAUCGCUGUGGCCGACCUCCUCAUGAGCCUGACGUUUCCUUUCAAAAUCCUGGCUGACUCGGAGCUUGCCCCUGCAGAGCUCAGCCUGUUCGUGUGCAGGUACUCGGCAGUGGUGUUCUACAUGAACAUGUACAUCGGGAUCACCUUCUUUGGCCUCAUAGGCUUUGACAGGUACUACAAAAUCGUAAAGCCUUUGUUCGCCUCCUUUGUUCACACAGUUAACUACAGCAAGGUGGUCUCUGUGAUCAUAUGGCUGUCAUUAAUGAUUAUGUCGUUCCCAAAUAUGAUUUUAACUAAUGAAAUCACCGAAGACAAUUACUCCAGAAAAUGUAUAGGUCUUAAAAGCGAGCUUGGCAGGCAGUGGCACAAAGCAACAACUUAUGUUUGCACAGGGAUUUUCUGGAUUGUUUUUUUCCUGCUAAUCGUAUUUUACACUUCUAUAUCCAAAAAGAUAUACAGCUCUUACAAAAAAUUCCGGAGGAGCUCAGACAUGGCCAAGAGAAAAACCAGCCGGAACAUAUUCAGCAUCAUGUUUGUGUUUGUCAUUUGCUUUGUGCCCUACCACCUCUGCAGGACCCCAUACACCGUGAGCCAGACCAGCUCCCGGUUCACCUGCCAGUCCCAAAAAUUGCUGUACUACGCCAAGGAGUUCACUCUGGUGCUGUCUGCAGGAAACGUCUGCCUCGACCCCAUUAUUUAUUUUUUCCUCUGCCUCCCCUUUAGAGAAAAGCUGUAUCAAAAACUGCACCUCAAGCUGAAAGCUUCAAGUGAGGUUGAAAUUUCUAAAUCCAGAAGAUCAAAUACGCUUGGGGAAAGCAUAAACAUAGUGUAGGUUUGUGUCUCCACAACAGCGCCACG